AUGCAACAAUUCACAACAGUUGUUUUAUUCUUUAUAAUUUACUUCUCGUUUUACCUUACCCGUUCACAUAAUGACAAUCUCGAUGACAUUAUAAUAGUUAACGAAUCGGAGGAAGCUCGUCCUGGAGAUUGGGAUCGAAUGAAAAAUUCAAAAGAUGGCCGAGAGAAAGAAAAUGAUGGAAACAGCAGGGAAGAAAAUAAUUUAUCAUUCACAUGGACAGGUGAAAAUGAGAAAUUAUUUUACCUCAAAAUAGGAAUUUUUAUUUGUAUUUUAAUAGUGACAAUUGUGAAUGGAAUAAUGGGUAAAAAAAAGAACAGAAUGAUUGCACUUUAUUGGCUGAGAUCAUGUAAAGAUAUAUUUUUGGAAAAUUUUGCAAAAUUGGGAAAUGACAAAUCGUUUUUACUAGAAAAGUCAUAUGACAGAUAUGAUUUUUAUUGUACAGGUAGAAAAAAUUGUAAUUAUUACUUUGUUAAUUUAAAUUUAUGUAAAAGACAAUGUGUGUGGAGAUAUUAUGUAUUUAAUUAUUUUAUCAACCAAAAUGAUACUAUGAAUAUAGCUAUUCAUUUUGAAAAAUUAGACAAAAAUGUUUUAUGUAUUUAUAAAAAGCACCAGAAAAAAAAUAUUGACUGUCGUUUCCCGAAUUUGAAUAAAUACACAAAAAUUUUGCAAAAAAAGGAAUUGAAGGCAACCUAUGACAUCAAAGGAGAUUCCAACGAAAUUAUGGACUUGGUCUUGAGUGGGAAAUUAUUAAACUUUUUUAACACAUACGAUAGGUACAUUAAUUACAUUUGCAUCUCCGACAUUGCACUGUACGAUUGUGAAGAAGAAAUAAAUGAGAAACAUGAAGAAAAGGAGAAAAGGGAACAACAACAUAACAACAAAAGCGGAAAGCACAAAUUUUGUUUUCUAAAUUUUGUUAUCCCAGAAAAUGUGGAAGAUUUACGAACUCUUAUAAAUUUUUCAAUUUACAUGAUCGAUGCAUGUCAUUGCAUUGAAUUACCUGAAAAGGUUAGAGAUCACGUGAAAAAACUUCGAAGCAUUAUAGAAAAGGAGGAUUUAAAAAAAAAGCAGAAACUAAAGGAAUUGCAAGAGCAAAAAAAAGCCAAAAAGUUGCAGGAAGAAAAAGAAAAAAUAGAAAAAAUGUCUGCCGAGCAGCAGAGAAAAUAUGAGGAAAAAAAGCAGAAAAAGAGCUUGAAGAAGAUGAAAAAAAUCAAAAUUAUAAAAAUGUAA